ACGGCGACUGCGCGGACGGGAGCCCGACUGGAACAUGGCGACUUGCGCUGAAAUUCUGCGGAGCGAGUUCCCCGAAAUUGACGGACAGGUCUUCGACUACGUGACGGGCGUCUUGCACAGCGGCAGCGCGGACUUCGAGUCUGUGGAUGACCUGGUGGAAGCUGUGGGGGAACUGUUGCAAGAAGUGUCCGGGGACAGCAAGGAUGACGCCGGCAUCAGGGCCGUGUGCCAGCGCAUGUAUAACACUCUGCGCCUGGCUGAGCCACAGAGCCAGGGAAACAGCCAGGUGCUACUAGACGCCCCCAUCCAGUUGUCAAAGAUAACAGAAAACUACGACUGUGGCACCAAACUCCCAGGACUGCUAAAGAGGGAACAGUUUUCGACAGUGAACGCAAAGAAGCUCGAGAAGGCUGAGGCUCGACUGAAGGCAAAGCAGGAGAAGCGCUCAGAGAAGGACACACUCAAGACCAGCAACCCUCUAGUCUUGGAAGAGGCAUCAGCAAGCCAGGCAGGCAGCAGAAAGGAGAGUCGGUUGGAAUCAUCUGGCAAGAACAAAUCCUAUGAUGUGCGAAUUGAGAACUUUGAUGUGUCUUUUGGCGAUAGGGUACUGCUGACUGGUGCAGAUGUGAACCUGGUGUGGGGCCGCCGCUAUGGGCUGGUGGGUCGGAAUGGGCUGGGGAAGACGACCCUGCUGAAGAUGCUGGCCACCCGGAGCCUGCGGGUCCCAGCCCACAUUUCCCUGCUGCAUGUAGAGCAGGAGGUUGCUGGAGAUGAUACCCCUGCCCUGCAGAGUGUGCUGGAGAGUGACACUGUGCGAGAGGACCUCCUGCGGCGGGAACGGGAGCUUAGCGCCCAGAUUGCCGCUGGCAGGGCUGAGGGCUCAGAAGCUGCACAGCUGGCAGAAAUCUAUGCCAAAUUGGAGGAGAUUGAGGCUGACAAGGCACCUGCCAGGGCAUCAGUCAUUCUUGCUGGGCUUGGCUUUACUCCUAAAAUGCAGCAGCAGCCCACCCGGGAGUUCUCAGGUGGCUGGAGGAUGAGACUGGCCCUGGCCCGGGCCCUGUUUGCCAGACCAGAUCUUCUGCUGUUAGAUGAACCCACAAACAUGCUGGAUGUAAGGGCCAUCCUGUGGCUAGAGAAUUACCUGCAGACGUGGCCCUCCACAAUCCUAGUCGUCUCCCACGACCGCAACUUCCUGAAUGCCAUAGCCACAGACAUCAUCCACCUGCAUAGCCAGCGGCUAGAUGGUUACCGGGGAGACUUUGAGACCUUCAUCAAGAGCAAGCAGGAGCGGCUGCUCAACCAGCAGCGUGAAUAUGAGGCACAGCAGCAGUAUCGCCAGCAUAUCCAGGUUUUCAUUGACCGGUUUCGCUACAAUGCCAACAGAGCCUCUCAGGUGCAGAGCAAACUCAAGAUGCUGGAGAAGCUGCCGGAGCUGAAACCUGUGGACAAGGAGGUGGAAGUUAUGAUGAAGUUCCCUGAUGGCUUUGAGAAGUUCUCACCGCCAAUUCUCCAGCUAGAUGAGGUGGAUUUCUACUAUGACCCUGAGCACGUCAUCUUCAGCCGUCUCUCCGUCUCUGCUGAUCUUGAGUCCCGCAUCUGUGUGGUUGGGGAGAAUGGGGCUGGGAAGUCUACCAUGCUGAAGCUUCUUAUGGGGGACCUGGCACCAGUUCGAGGCAUCAGACAUGCUCACAGGAAUCUGAAGAUUGGCUAUUUCAGCCAGCACCAUGUGGAGCAGCUGGACCUGAAUGUCAGUGCUGUGGAACUGCUGGCACACAAGUUUCCCGGACGGCCUGAGGAGGAGUAUCGUCACCAGCUGGGUCGGUACGGCAUCUCUGGAGAACUGGCCGUGCGCCCUGUUGCCAGCUUGUCUGGGGGCCAGAAGAGCCGGGUAGCCUUUGCUCAGAUGACCAUGCCCUGUCCCAACUUCUACAUUCUGGAUGAACCCACAAACCACCUGGAUAUGGAGACAAUUGAGGCUCUGGGCCGUGCUCUCAACAAUUUCAGGGGUGGUGUGAUUCUGGUGUCCCACGAUGAGCGCUUCAUCCGGCUGGUGUGCCGGGAGUUGUGGGUAUGCGAAAGAGGCGGUGUCACCCGGGUCGAGGGGGGAUUUGACCAGUACCGCGCCCUUCUCCAGGAACAGUUCCGCCAUGAGGGUUUCCUCUAGGGCCACCAGCUGAGGACUGUGCCCAGGACAUGGACUGGUCUCUCAGACCCCUGGGCCACUAUGUAGGCAACCAUCUCCAGACCAUGGACUCCCCCCGACUUUGGGGACAGCCUUAUUCCUAAAUCUCUCCUUUUGACUGGAGCAUCCUCUGCACAACCCAGGGAGCCCCUAUAAGGGUCUGUGAGGACUGGUCUUCCAAGGGGAAGGGGUGGGGGUACUCUCUGGGGUUAUAGAUCGCCCCACUGCCCCAGCUCUGACUGGGCCCCGAGUGGCUGCUGUGUAAAUUAAACCUCCCCUUGCAUCUCCCUUGCCUCAUCUCUGCUGCUCCCUGGCAGGGCUGCAGUGUUUGCUCACUGUUAAGGGGUGUGGGCUCCUCACUUGGCGUUUUCCUAUGAUACUUGUAUCAGUCACGUGGAGGAAGGCAUGGCAGCACCAGCCCUGUCCCUAGAGGGAGAUGUCAUUAAAGCCGCUGGGGCUUGGAGGUCACCUGCCUGACCUUGCAGUGGGCCGAGCUGGUGAAAUGAAGGGCAGUGUAUCAUAUCACUGGUGGUGGUCCCUGUGGCCUGGGCUCAGCUGCAGGGGUCUUGUGUUCUGCCGUCUCAGCCUCACGGCUUGGGAGAGUGAACUGAUUCUGUAACCUGGCCUCAAACAGUGGUUUGCCAGCUGCUUUCUCCAUUGGUCUCUGGCCCAGGCUCACCCUGCUUCUCUGAUCUAGACCCUCAGAUGGGGCUGAAGAGAAGCCAAGAAAAUUUGUUUGUCCCCAUUUUGCUUGGGUGGUUGUAUGUUCUUUAUUUUUCCUCUAACCACGUGGGACAGGCUUGGGAAGUAGGGAAUUGAGAAUGAGGUUUAAUGGGAAGAAACAGAGCACUUGGUGUUCAAAUUAAGCAGUCUUUAAGAGUGGAGGGGAGAUGUUUAACAGGUAAUAUGGUUUAUAAAUAUUGUUUCUCGAGGACUUAGCUGCUAUAUGUAAUGGUUAUGCAGAAGACACUAAAAUAGAGGCAUUUGCUUUGCUCUAAGUGACAACAGAAAAACCAGAAUCAACAAAAGGGACUUGGUGGCUUUGUGGAGAAUUGUAGUCACAAAGCUCAACCAAGGAAUUUUAACUCAGCUGCUAAGGGUAUGGUGGUACAGGUAGCUAGGGGAGAGAUACCUGUUUUGGAGUAAAGGAAAAUAAAGUUGGGAAGGCUCUUGAUUGACCACAGCGAGCGCUGAUGGGCUGAUGAGGCUGGCAGAAGGGCUACUAAUCGGCCUGCCUCCUCAGCCUCCCUCCUCAGAAGUCCAGAGGAGGUGCUCCUCCAGCCAUGUCUGGCCACGUGCAUCCUCACACUCCUGAGAGCCUUCUCUCAGCUCCCAGCACUCUCUUCCGACCUCAGACCUGCAGGAAUGUCAGUUGGGGGCCAUCUGGUGUAGGAUCUGUGCCUGUCUGUUUGUCAGGCUCUCAGCCCCUUCACCCCUCACUAGCUUGUGAAUCCCCAUAUAUGUUAUCCCAACUCAGAGUCAGUGGGAACGAGCUGAAAGAUUCUGUGACAGAAUCUGCUGCUUUGGAGGCGGCUUUGUGUACGAAGAGCACUGAGUUGGAGUGGGGUCUAAGAUCAAGUCACAGCUCAAUUACUGGUAAUAGAAAGGGCCGCCAGUAUUAACUGGGCAACCACAACAAAUCACUUAACCUUUUUGAACACCUCCUACUUGGUUUCUUUUUAGGAUUGUUGAGGAUUAGCUGACAAGCACAUAAUAUGUAAGUGCUCAGAAAGUGAUUCUUGUGUGACCAGUCUGAUUUGAGGGACUAUCAUAGGAGAAAAGAAGUAAAUUUUCUCUGAGUGACUCCAGAGGUGGACCAGUUUGGACUCAAAGGAAAGAAAACUUUGAAUAGUUUAGGCUGCCUUCUGAGAGUGAGUUCCCAGUCCCUGGGACUGUUCAGCCCUGCCAGGCUCUAGAGAAGGGCUGUCUUUUGGGUAGGAGGCAGCGGUAGAUGGCCCCCAGGUUGGCUUCUAAUUUUAUGAUUCCGUGAAGAAAUAUGAAGAACCUGUACAUAUGACUAUAAGCCUACACCACAGGCCUUUAGAAGGUUGAGAAGAAUGAAUUACCACAGCUGAGAAAAACCCUACAAUAAGUGUAAGAUGAACUUUUGGGGUUUAGAGGAGGUGAGUUGGCAGAAGGUGAUUGUCUUGAGGGAUGAAAAAUGUAUACAAUGUCAGCCAGCUUCAUUCCAGAAAGUGCAGGGCAGAGAGGAGAGAGAAAUCUGACACGGAAGGAUGGGAUGCCACCCUUGAUCACCUCAGCCUGCCCAUCAUGGCAGCUACUCCUUUCAUGCUGUGGAGAGUCUAUCUAAUCCCAGCCCCAACCAUUGGGAAGCUGUUCCUUCCGCAGCUACUGACAUUGGGGCUGCCCUGCUGAUGUCAGGCCUUUAAACCAAUCGGGAGCUGUCAGACUGAAAGGCCUCAGUCUGCAGGGUCUUCAUUGAAAUCCUGGUCUCCCUGCUUCUGCUGGCCUUACCACACUCACCAAUGCCUUCUCAGGCAAGCUGGCUGGUUCCCAGUGGGAGGCAGAGUGCAGAGGGGUCAUGGUUCCCUCCGCACCAGUCUAUAAGGCGCUCAGAGAUAUCAGUCAGAAUUAUUUCAUUGUAUUACUGUCUUGAGAUUUGUUGGAUGUAGACAACAUUUUGCUAACUUCUCACUGGUUUCCAGGCAAAUUUUAGCGGAGUGGAACAGGUGCCAUUUACCCUUACUGGCCAUGCCACAACCUACUUUGUCAUUUGGAACCUAACAUCCUGCUAAGAGCUACUCCCCAGGCCUGGGUCUGGUCUAUCCACAGAUGCAAACCAAACCACACCUCCACCAGCAUCAAAGCACCAGGGCUCUGCGCCAACCUGAGCAUGCAGACCGGAUGUUGGGGCCUGUGGGAAAUCCCAGCAGGUUGGGUCCAGGCUGUGGAGGGCUUUCACAACCUGCCUGAAGGGCCUCUAGGGGUUCCCAAACCUGGAGUGAUGUGCUCCCCUCAACCCCUCCCCCCUACAAGUGGGCCUCGUUGCCCUUUGCUUCCUGCAUUAUAAGCUGCAUGCUAUUAUUAAGGUUGUAAUUCCCACUUUGCCUUGAUAUCAUUUUUUUUUUUUUUGGUGAGGAAGAUUGGCCCUGAGCUAACAUCCAUUGCCAAUCUUCCUCUUUUUGCUGAGGAAGAUUGGCCCUGAGCUAACAUCUGUGCCCAUCUUCCUCUAUUUUGUAUGUGGGAUGCUACCACAGCAUAGCUUGAUGAGAGGCACAUAGGUCCACGCUUGGGAUUCAAACCUGCGAACCCUGGGCCUUUGAAGCAGAGUGUGUGAGCUUAACCAGUACGCCACCGGGCUGGCCCUGCUUUGAUAUCCUUAAAGGCCAGACCAUGGUUUACCUAUCUUUGCAUCUUCUGUGCCUGCCACAGGUUGGGUUCCCUGGGAAGCAGCUUAAAGAGGAGAUCAGCAUGCAGGGUAUUUAUUAGAGGGUGGUCCUGGGACCAACACCAGGCUUGAGCAGAGGGAAAAGUUGCGCAGCAAUGCAAGCCCACGUUUCAGAGCUGCAGAGUUGCCCUGAGUUGAGGGAAUGGGUCAGGCCUUUCUUCCGCUGAGUUGAUCUGAUCGGUCUAGUGGAUGCUGACUGCUACUAGAAGGAGGUGUGACCUUGCGAGAGGAAGUUUUCUUCAGCUGAGGCAAUCCCCCUAAGGGGCUGACGGCUGAGGACUUACUGCCAUCAACAGUCUCAGCAGCUAGGACAACAAAUCCUUCAUUCCUGAAGGGGGAUCUGGGUAGUCCAUCACAGCAUCCACUACAGUGCCUAGCGCAAAAUAGGUGCUCAGUAAAAAUGCUUGAUAAAUGAAUAUUUUGGGAAAGUUAUUUGAGAAAAAGUAGAGAAUGACAUUGGAGGAGAGAGCAGAGGCCAGGAAACCAGCAAGGAGUCCAUGACCCAAAGCCAGCUGUAAGGACAUGGGAUCAGGAUGGCAGAGGUGGAGGUGAGGCUGGGGAUGAUGGUGUGCAGACUCAGCAAGGGGUCGUGAGCUCUACCCAAACGAGGGAGAUUUCCUUUUUCCGGGCCAGAGUCUUGGAAUGAAAUGAAAUGAAAUGAAAGCUAAGGCUUUUUUUUUUUUUUUUAAACCUCUCGUUUCCUUUCAAGACAUGCUAAGGAAGUAGUGACAGUUAAUAUUUAUUGGGCUCUUACUGUGUAAUAGGUACUGUUGUAAGUGCUUUAUCUGCACUAAGUCGGGCCUCACAGCCCUGUGAACUGGCACAGUUCUCAUCUUCAGUUUAUAGAUGAGGAAGCGGGGAGGUGACAUAGCAGGUGGCAGGGCUGGGAUGCAGGCCACUCUGGCUCUAGAUCGCAGCUGUUAACUGCCACACUGUGUGACCACUCAGCUCCUAAUGUGACAUGCUGAAUAGUCAGUGUGUUAAUUCCAUCAUUUAAAACCCAUCAUUCAUCUCACGGGGCAAGGGGUGGGAGGUGGAGGAUUUGAACAAGUUCUCUCAGGAGGGCAGGCUGAUGAGUAGGAGUACCUGGCACAGUGGCUGCCACACGCUAGGUGCUCAGUGAAUAGUUCGUUAAAUAAAUGAUUAAAAACGCAUGGUUUAGUGGAAAAGUCACACACAGGGAUUAGCCCAGCUCUACCACUGACGGCAUCUUGGGCAAGUCCACCUCUCCUGAGUAAAUUAUCCUUAUCCAUAAAAUGGGCAUAGCACAGUUUGUCUUGCCUGCUGCUUUGGAUAGUUGGAUUAAAUGAGACAAGAUCCUGUGUAAACUGAAUAAAAUUUUUUCUGGACUGUAAAGUG